AAUCAAAUAAUGAUGCUUAAUACGAAGGAAAAUUCUGGGAAAAAGAAGAUGUGUUCAAAUACACCAGAAAACGUUUAUGCGAAUGUCAAAACACCGUUUUCAUACACGGAAGGGUUCCAUUAUUUAGUAAAUUGGGUUAAAGAAAGGAUUGUGAGAGCGUUGGCUACAUUUCGGCCAUCGUUUAUUGCACUUAUAAUGAACUUGACUGAAGAAGAUUUGAUUUUUAUGGAAAAAUGUUUCCAGAGAACAAUAUUAGAAUUUGAGAAGCUUAUAAGUUUUUCUGGAACACCAACGGUUGUUUGGCGUAGAACAGGAGAGAUCGCCCUAGUGGGUAAGGAAUUUUUGUUGCUAACGCAAUGGACUAAAGACCAAUUACUUGGAAAAACAACGUAUAUAUACGAGGUCAUGGAUAAUCAAUCUGCUGUAGAAUAUUGGGAGAAAUUUGCAGCACAUGCAUUUGAUAACUCAAGACAAUCUGUCAUGACUACAUGUAUUCUUAUGAGACCAUCUGGGAUGCCAGUUCCUUGUGCUUUCUGUUUUACCAUCAAACGAGAUAUAUUUGAUAUUCCGUUAGCCAUUGUAGGAAAUUUCUUACCAAUUUUAAGUUGA